UUAUGACAAAACAUAGGGGCAAGAAGUGUAAUUAACGCAAAAAGAGAUAAAAGGGCAAAAUUUUCUCCAGAUCAAAUCUUCAGUAGUCUAGAACCUCUACAGAAGUUCGAUCUGAUCGUAUUUUUGCUGCAUAAACCCCAAUCAACAAUGCCCAUGACAGUGAUAGAAGUGGCAGCGCCGAGCCCAAUGAGGUACAUGAUGGGAGCAGCUGUAAUGAUGAUCGGUGUUGUAUUGCCUCUUGCUUAUAUGAUGUUUAGGAACAAGCGUGUUCCUUCCUCUUCUUCUUACUCUAAACAGACGUAGGAAUAAGGUUCUUAUAUAGAUUAUGGAGGCAUACUCAGAAUGAGCUUUUGGAAAAGAGAAACAAGGAGAAGAGCAGAGGUGGCAACUCAGCAAUUGUUGUAAAUGCAUUAACUUUCUUAUUUGGAUUGAGAUCUCUUGAACUAUAUUGUUAAUUUUUACUAAACUUUAGGAUUUUUGAUUCCCAGAGAUUAGACCGUGCUCUCCUUUCAAGGAUAUAGUUUAGCUUGGUAAUCACAAGUUGAAUAGAAAGAAAACCCACUACCGCUGUAUUAUUAUUAUUAUU